AUGGCGACGAAAAACUUAAUUCGAGCCGGAGCAUCGCUAGCGAACAGAUUGUUGAUAUUGAAGAAUCCAAUUAUCCAUCAAAACACUAACUCAACUCAUCAAACUGUAAAUCCUCACCCUUUCCCUUCUCUCUCCAACUUCCGGCUAACCUCUCUCCAUUUGCCUCAAACCGACGCCCUUUCAAUCACUAAAGUUGCCAAUGAAGGGUUCUUGCAUCCCUGUGGUCUCCCCUCUCUCGAAUUUUUCUUGCCUGACGGAGAUUCAUCUUCUGAGCCAAUGCUCCUGUUUCCUAAAAGGACAUUCCAACCUAGCACAAUCAGGCACACAUGCUGCUCUAUGUACCCUGAGGCCAUGGCUAAGCUAUCACUGUUUAGCUUGCCAAUAAGUGAUCCGUACUUGGGAAAAGUAGAAAUCUUUUGUUCUGCUCAGCUUGCCAGCCUGAGUCCUGACCUCAUGGCAAUGUAG